AUUUAGAUGACAGUCUUAUGGGCUGUUUUAAAUUCUAAUCCUAAAUUUAAACUACUAAUUUGCAUCUGACUUCACUCACAAAUAAAUUAUCGAAUUGCUCUCAAACUUCACACAAUAUUGAAAAGUGACUGAACCCAAUAAACAUACCAUCUCGAAUAGCUAGUAUCUCAACAAGAUACGGGUCAACAACACAAAGUGAAUCCAUUAAUCCAAACAUCCCUAGCUAGAGGAGGUACAAUAUAUAUGAUGGGAACAAUGGGUCCCUAAUCCCUAUUGGUACUCUUGUUAAUGACCAUUAAUUAUUAUACGUUUUUAUGCCGACCACCCAUCAAUUUACAAACAUAAUAAUGGUCCAACUGUCCGGUUCGAGAAUGGGUGUGUGGAAAUUAAACACAUUGUUCACCAGCACGUGGCUCUACACACUGCCAGAUAUCCAUAACCACCGUCUCAAACUCAUCCUUUCCUCUCUUUUUUCCUUGAUUAAUUUUGUUGUUGUGACUUCAAUCGGAUUAUCAGCAGCUACGACUUAAGGGUGGGCAUUUGGUCGGUUCGGUUUCAACCAAACCGAAAUUAUGAAUACCCGGUCCCCGAAUUCUCUCAAACCUCAAAUCGAAUUCGAAUCGAAUUAUAAUUCGGUUUGGUCGGUUUAAAUCGAAUUAUAAUUCGAUUCGGUUCGAUUUUUCACCCAAAACCGAAUUUGUGAAGCUACUUGUAUUUUCUCACUUUUAAAUUAUUUUUUCACCCCUAAUAUAAACAAUAAAUAUCAAUUAUAUGCAUCAUCAAUAAUAAAAUCAAACUUUUCAACACAUAAGUCAUAAAACAUUUCAAAUAUUUAAGUCUAAAAACAACUACAAACAUAAAAAUCUACCAUUUGGAGCUUGCAAUUAUAGUAUUUCGUUUUUUCGGUCGGAAAUUCGGUUUGGUUGAAAGAACCCUGAUUUCCAUACUAUCCAUAUUUUCCUUUCGAUUUCGGUUCGAUUUAAUUCGGUUUCGGUUCGGUUCGGAUUUACCGAACCGUUUGCCCACUCCUACUACGACUAGUAGUCGGGGUCUCGCUGACAGCGAUUUUUUCUCAUCCGAACCGUUUGCCCACCCCUACUACGACUGGUAGUCGGGGUGUCGCUGGCAGCGAUUUUUUCUCCUUAAAUGAUGGCUCAGCUUCCUAACUUGGCGUGAUUUUUUCAGGUGUACAAUCUGAACUUUUUUUCCCCUUAAAAUAAAAAGAGGAUUACUAUAGAAAACAGCGGCGGGAAAAAGUACCAGCGACAAUUCUAACUUCUAAGGCUAUCCAAGCAAGGAAAUGACGUAAGGAAAUCUGUCACCACAGGCUUAGUUUGGUCGGGUGGCCUUGCCUUUAUAAAAAUAUCCAAACCAUGGCGUCUAUAUAUAUAUUAUAUAAUAUCCUUACCCUUGAAAAACGCAGUAACACUCUACUCUAAAAUGGAAACUUACAGCAAAACGUCGGUGGUUUUGGCGGUGGCGGCGGUGGCCGUGACGGCGUGGCUGUGGAGGGUGGUGAACUGGCUGUGGAUCAAGCCCAAGCGGCUGGAGGCGCACCUGAGGAGCCAAGGCUUCGACGGCCGCCCGUACCGGUUUCUGAAGGGAGAUCUGAAUGAAGCCCUACAGAUGCUGAAGGAAGCUCAGGCGAGGGAGUUGGACGUCGCCGACGACGCCGCCCUCCGUGUCUUCCCCUUCCCUUACUACACCGUCAAGAAUUACGGGAAGAAAUCGUUCACAUGGUUUGGACCAGUGCCAAGGGUGCACAUCAUGAAUCCUGAGCAUAUAAAAGAAGUGCUCACCAAAAUUGACGAGUACCCAAAGUUGAAGGGCAACCCACUGACGAGGCUGCUGGUGUCGGGGCUCGCAAGCUACAACGGCGACAAAUGGGCACAGCACAGGAAAAUCCUCAACCCUGCAUUCCAUCAGGAGAAGCUCAAGCUGAUGGUGCCAGUGUUCUAUAGAAGCUCUAGAGAGAUGGUUGAUGAGUGGGAGAGGGAGGUGAUGAAGUCCAAGGGAAGUGAGACUUGUGAAGUGGAUGUGUGGCCUUACCUACAGAGCAUGACAUGUGAUGUAAUUUCCAGAACAUCAUUUGGAAGCAGUUACAAAGAAGGGGCAAAAACUUUCCAACUACUCAGAGAGAUGGCCACUCUUAUCAUGCAGAUUGUCCGACAAGUUUAUAUACCAGGAUGGAGGUUCCUACCGACCAAAACAAACACGAGGAUGAAACGAGCAUACAAGGAGAUCCAAGAAGCAAUUCAGGGGAUCAUCAACAAGAGAGAGAAGGCGACGAGGAUGGGCGAGAUCGCCUCCAACGACGACCUGCUCGGUCUGAUGAUGGAAUCCAACAACAACAACAACCAUGGCAAAAACGGGAUGAUGACAUUGGAUGAUGUGAUCGAGGAAUGCAAGUUGUUCUAUUUCGCGGGCCAGGAGACCACCUCCACACUGCUGGUGUGGACGAUGGUCCUUCUCAGCAAGUACCCCGCGUGGCAAGAACGUGCAAGACACGAGGUCUUGCACGUCCUUGGCACCAACAACGACGUCAACUCCACCUCCCUCGACUCGAGCGCUCUGGGCCAGCUCAAAACCAUGACCAUGAUCAUGCACGAGGUCAUGAGGCUGUACCCUCCGGUGAUGCAGAUGACUCGAGCUGUCGAGAGAGAUACGAAGAUGGGUGAUUUCGUUCUGCCGGCAGGGACACAGUUGGCCCUGCCGACGAUCCUCGUCCACAAGGACCCUGAGAUAUGGGGGGACGACGCGGCGGAGUUUAAGCCGGAGAGGUUCGCCGACGGUGUUUCGAAGGCGACGAGGAACCACAACCAACAGGGUGCUUACUUCCCCUUUGGAUGGGGUCCUCGAAUCUGCAUCGGCCAGAAUUUUGCUCUUAUGGAGGCUAAGAUGGCUUUGGCGAUCAUACUGAAGAGGUUUUCCUUUGAGCUUUCACCAUCCUAUGUUCAUGCUCCUUCCCCCGAAGCUCCCAUACUUCAGCCACAAUUCGGUGCUCGACUCAUCCUCCAUAAGCUUUGAACAUAAACAUGUUGCCUGUAUGAUGAUUGUGAGCUAUAUGUUACUGAGAAAUAAAGUUCUGGACUUUCCAAAUAACACGAUCUACCUCUAUUUCUUUUGCAUGUAAAGGGCAGACUAGCUAGUUGUCAAGUAUGUUUCUUUUAAUAUAUUCUACACUUCACCAUCAUGCUUACAAACAAUGACGAUCUUAGUAAGAUAGCCUAACGGUAAAGCUGUCACGAGAGUGAAAACUUGGGAGUUGUAGAUCCCAGAUUCGACCAAAGCGAUGCCCGUUAGUGUUCCUAGAGGUAUGAGGCUGUUGGAGAUGAAGCCCAUGAAGCCCCAUUAGCGUCAAAUUGAUUGCAGGUGACCUCCAAAUUUAGUAGGCCCUGCUGUUACAAAAGUGACACGUGAAGCUGAGUUUACUAGGUAAUAAAAAAAAUGCAAUCCAUCGUAUAUAGGAACGUUUUGGUAACAUGUAAACAUAAAAACACAAUCUUAUG